AUGUCAGCAAGAGUUUCAAGAGUACAACAAUAUCUUGAAGACAAAAUCACCAUCACACAUGAUGCCAUCUACAAAUUAGGCCUCCCUAUCAAAGGUGCUGCUGUAGAGCGUCUUCUAAAAGAGCUCUCCCUUGUGCCUACCUUUUAUGGCCCAACUGUUGCACAACCAUUUGGAGAAGUAAAUGACUGGACCGCAUUCUACAUUAACAUUUUUGCUGAUUGUGAUAUGUUCACUCAUUUUGCAGGCAUAGGUGUUGGCCAUGUAGUUCAGCAUAACUUGUUGAAGGACACUGAGUGCAAACAUGGACCAGGAAGUUGUGAUGAUGAAUUGGACAUUGUCAUGAGCAAUGACAAUGAUGAUGACAAGAAUAAUGAAGAUGAUGAUGAUGAUAAUGACGCAUGGGAUGAUGAAGACAAGGAUGACUACAUAACCAUUGAUGAAGACAGUGACUCAGAGGAAUAUGAAGACUCUGAAGAUGAAGGGCUGGAAUAUAAAUUUUAA